AUGUUGCCAAACGAGCAGACGGUGCACCUGAUGAUCCGCGCUCUCGCCGGCCCAUUAUCUAAUCUGAUCCGCGGCCACAAUAGAUCCGCCGGUGCGGAGCGUCCGCCGCGCAACGCCCCCGGCCGCGUCGGUUACGCUCUCUUGAAUCCGGAAGUAAGGCGCCUAGCUGUCUGGGGCCAAUUUCGUCUGCUAAUUAUCAUUACGGGCGGGCGGACGCGCGGUGGGCACGUGUGGCCCUUGCCCGCGGCGAAAGUAGGCGAGCCGUGUGCCGUGCCGAGGCGAGAGGAGAUCGUCAGUUUGGACACGGACAGUAAUCCGAGCGUGGAGGUCGCCCGUGAUGGCUUUGUCGCGCGAGAAUCACUUCCCUAU